CGAAGAAGAACAACAACAACACGUCACUGAGGAGAAGCAACAUGGCGGCGGUAGAGCCAAAGAUGAAGAAGCUGUCUGACGGGUCGUUUAACUCCGUUUACAGCAGCAGUGAAGGUUUGUCAGCAGAUUCAGAGACUCGAGAGGAUUAUCUAGUGGAUUUCCUGCAGAAAGAAGUCGGCUGUGACCUGAAAUCCCUGAAGAAUGUCGGAGAACUGCUGCAGAAAAUACAAGAGGAGAACAAUCUCCUGGAGGAGCAGGUUCUGACUGUGCCCAGCUGUGUUCCUCCUAAAGUGUCUGCAGCUCUGUCUGCUGCUGAGGAGGCUUCAUGUUCUCUGGAGGAGCUGCUGCAGAGAGAGAGACUCAUCUCCAACAUGCUGCACCAGCACCUACAGGGGGCCCAGCCUUGGAUGGAUAAUCUUGGCCAGACGCUCAACCAAGUGGAGACUAUAGAGAGACAUGUGAAAUACCUGCGGUGCCUACAACAUAUAGAGGAGCUCAGUGCUGCGGUCCAGCAGUGUCUGAUGACCAGCAGUGUGUGGGAGGCCAUCAGGGCGGUAGACAGCAUGGCUGCGCUGGACGCCGGACUAAACCAGUCCGGGUGUUCUCACCUCCAGGACUUCCUCCGAGAGACACUUCACUUCUGGCACAAGAUCAUCAAAGACCGACUGGCCAGUGAUUUUGAGAAAGUGUUGACUCAACUUCACUGGCCGAUCAUCUCUCCUCCGACUCAGUCGCUGACGCCCACCGCCAACGGUCAAGAGAUCAACAGCCAGCUGGAGCUGCUCGUCACGCAGCUGGUCGCCCUGCAGACCUCUGAUGACCUCAUAUCCCAGAGGGCUUUGGCCUCUUGUCAAGGUGUCCCCUCCUCCCAGCCUGCUGCUUCUUCUUCAGUCACCCCUCCGUCCCAAGGUCCCCCGCUCUGUCUGCCCAUCCAGAUCAUGCUGCUGCCGCUCAGCAGGAGGUUCAGAUACCACUUCUACGGGAAUCGACAGACCAACACCCUCAACAAGCCAGAGUGGUACCUCACUCAGGUUCUGAUGUGGAUGGGGAACAGCAUGACCUUCAUGGAGGAAAAGAUCCAACCCAUCCUAGACCGAGCCGGGGCCACCAUCAGUGCCAUGGUGGAGCUGUGUCGAGGCCUGCUGUCUCUGGUCCAGGAGAAGGUGGCCAGCGACGCUUCCAGGCUGUUGUACGACGACGUGCUCUUCUGUCACCUGGUGGAGGAGGUGCUGCAGUUUGAGAAGGAGCUGCGGAGCAACCAGUCGUACCCGGCGGUGCUGCCGGGUCUGCUUCACCUCCUGCUCGAAGACGCGACCCUUCAGAAGUGGCUCACCGUGGAAAAGAAGAUGGCGGUGGAGAAGAUGGACGCCAUGCUGUCGGCAGAGGGAGCCUGGAGCUCUCAGUACAAAGACAUCAGCGAUAUGGACGAGCUGAAGGCGCCAGAUUGUGCCGAGACUUUCAUGACUCUUCUACAGGUCAUCACUGAGCGGUACCGGGCUUUGCCCUGUCCUUCAGCGCAGCUCAAGUUCCUGGCACUACAGAGAGAGCUGGUGGAUGACUUCCGCAUACGACUCACCCAGGUGAUGAAGGAGGAGUCUCGCUGCCCGCUCGGCGCCCGUUAUUGUGCCAUCCUUAAUGCGGUUAACUACGUUUCCACCAUCCUGGGAGACUGGGGAGACAAUGUGUUCUUCCUGCAGCUGCAGCAGGCAGCGGUCUCACUCGGUGAGGAAGGGGUACUGGGAGGCCUUGGGGUGCUGGAGGUGGGUCGCCUGGCUUCUCUGGAGGGCUCGCUGUUUGAAGGUCUGCUCGCGUUGUUGGAUCGACUGAAAGGAGACAUGAUGGGACGACUACUGGAGUGGACCAUGAGAGAAAUCACAGAGAAGGCCAAACCGUACGGCCAAGACAGGUGGUUGUCCCUCCCAGCCCAGCAGGACCUGUCCACCAUGUCCCUGUCCAGUUCAGCGUGUCCCAUGAUGCUGUGUGUGAGGGACAGAUUGUUGAACCUUCAUCAGGUCCUGAGUCUUUCUCUGUUCCAACUGGCCUGGCAGGGCCUGGCGGAGAGGCUGGACAACGUUCUCUACCAGGAUGUGAUCCUGUUUAAUCAUUUCAGCGAAGGUGGAGCCGCUCAGAUUCAGUUCGACAUGACCAGGAACCUUUUUCCUCUGUUCGGUCACUACUGCAAAAGACCCGAGAACUUCUUUAAGCAUGUGAAGGAGGCGUGCAUCAUCUUGUGUCUCAACGUGGGUUCUGCUAUUCUGCUGAGGAACCUCCUCAAAGAGUCGGAGGAGGAGGUGGCGAGAGAUUGGGCCGGUCUGGGGGAUCCUCCGCCGGAGUCUGCUCUCAAUGAGUUGGGGGUUUACUGCUUGGCGCCCUGCGACGUGUUGAUUCUCCUGAACCUCCGAGCCUCCUGGCCUGGACAGUAACAACCCCCCCCCCCCGCAUCAGAUGGAACGCUCGGCACUUUUUUCUUAAGACAUUUUCGCUUUAAUCCUCUUUGUUAACACAACAGGUAAUAUUUGUGGAGUCAGGACUGCUUAGUAAGUUGCUUUAACAUCGUACUAACUUAUUAUUGUGUUGUACUACAUUUUGGGGACCUACUUACCUGCCACCUCAGUUGACUGAAGUAAACCACAACAAAGUAGAAAUAACACUUGUUAAAUGUUAUAUAUAUGUAAAAUGGAUUAUGUAAUAAACCCUGUUUACCUGUGAAUGGUGUCCUCAUACUGCUCCCUA